GAUAUUUGUUGCAACUACGAUGCUAUGCGUCUUUCAACAAAAGGGACACCUUUAUUUUUUUAUAUCUCCGAAAGGAAAUUAAAAGUUAACGUAUUUUAGAAUACGUCAAGGUCAAAAUAGCUUCUUUCAGGAGUAUUUAUGGGCUAUAAAAACUCGCGAGGGGAGCUGUUGUUCUCUUUACCGUGCUAAGCUCGGACCUUUUCCGAGUCAUUGUUUGAUUGGUGGGAAUGCUUUGGGUGGUGGCUUUGCACAUAGGAAAGAAUGUUGGAUUUUGAUGGGAAGUAGGGAUAUCUAAAAACGAAUCUGGCCCCUGGAUCGCUGGCUUUGGUUCUCUGGCUGCUUAGUGCUGACCAACCCAUUUUGGCAAUGAACUCCAGCAAAAUGUCUUCAAGGCAUAAGCGCUCCAAGAGUGAUUCUGAAAGGAGAGCUAGGGAAGAUAAAUUGGAUUCUUCACCUAAGGCCUUCCAAAAGGUUAAGCAGGAGAAGGGAAAUGGCAAGGGAGAUUUCAACAUGAAAAAGAAACCACUGCCUGAUGCUGAGAUCCAGCACUCUUUGAAACAAGAGAUUCUGCUACUUGAAAAACGGCUGCAGGAUCAGUUGAUGGUGCAUGGUGCUCUAGAAAAAGCAUUGGGAUUUAGGUGUUCAGCUCUUGAUUCUUCGAAUGAUAGUUUGAUGCCAAAGUCUGCCAAGGAACUGAUAAGGGAGAUUGCCGUGUUAGAGUUGGAAGUUACACAUUUAGAGCAGUAUCUGCUAUCACUCUAUCGAAAAGCUUUUGAUCAACAAAUAUCCAUGGUAUCUCCCCCUGCUGUUGGAGAGAGAGCAGAAAAGCUAUCGAGCACCCAACCAGGUCCAUCUCAAGAAGCUGCAAAGCAUGACAUGUCAUAUGGUAGAAGAAUUCCAGCAGUUCAAUCUAGUCGGAUACAGCUCCCUCGGAAAUGGGCUACCAACGCAGAGAAUGAAGCUUAUGAAGUCAAAUGCCACGAAAAACUAGCUGGUCCUGGUGUUCACCGGAGUCAUUCCUCGCUUUCACAACGUGCAGUUUGUUCAGCUAGGAUAUCACCUUCAGAAGAAAGUCUAGCUAGAGCUCUUCGCUCAUGCCACUCUCAACCUUUAUCUUUUCUAGAGGAAGAACAGAAUGCUACUUCAGGGGUGAUAAGCUUAGCAGAAUAUCUUGGUACCAAUAUCGCGGAUCAUGUUCCCGAGACUCCUAAUAAACUUUCUGAGGAUAUGGUUAGAUGCAUGAGUGCUAUAUACUGCAAACUCGCUGACCCUCCUUUAGUUCAUCAUGGACUCCCAUCUUCUCCUACUUCAUCCUUUUCAUCGAUGAGUGCAUUAUCUCCUCAGUAUUUGGGGGAAAUGUGGAGUCCUGGCUAUCAAAGAGAAUCUACUCUUGAUGCUCGUUUAAUAAAUCCUUUCCGAGUUGAAGGAUUAAAAGAGUUUAGUGGACCAUACAAUGCAAUGGUGGAGGUGCCCUUGAUAUGUAGGGAUCGUCGGAGGUUGAAAGACAUUGAAGACUUGCUACAAAAUUAUAAGUCUAUCAUUCGCCAGUUGGAAACAGUUGAUCCAAGGAAGAUGAAGAAUGAAGAAAAGCUUGCCUUCUGGAUCAACAUACAUAAUGCCUUAAUGAUGCAUGUGUAUUUAGAAUAUGGCAUUCCACAAAAUAAUGCAAAAAAGGCAUCACUGCUCAUCAAGGCUACGUGCGUAGUAGGUGGUCGCUCUGUAAGUGCAGCAACAAUACAGGGUUCAAUUCUAGGAUGCCGUACAAAUUGUCCCGGACAGUGGCUUUGGACAUUUUUUAAUCCAAGGAUGAAGUAUAAAGUUGGAGAUGAGUGGCGAGCCUAUGCAAUCGAGCAACCAGAACCUCUCCUACGCUUUGCACUUUGUUCAGGAAGUCAUUCUGAUCCUGCGGUCCGGAUAUAUACAUCCAAGAGAUUGUUCCAACAGCUAGAAGCUGCAAAAGAAGAAUUCAUUCGUGCAUCUGUUGCUAUUUGGAAGGAGCAGAAGAUCCUUCUGCCAAAGGUUAUUGAUGCAUAUGCAAAAGACACAAGAUUAAGUUCACAGGGUUUGGUAGACAUGAUUCAAUGCUAUCUUCCUGAGACUCUUAGGAUGGCCAUGCAGAGAUGCCUACAAGGAAGAGCAAACAAGGUCAUCGAGUGGAUACCCUACAAUUUCACAUUUCGGUAUCUGCUAUCAAGAGAGUUAGCUUUUCCUCAGAUUAACUGACCAAAUACAUCAUUAAGAGAGGGAGAAAACAAAAGGGCUGGGAGUUUGUGUAUUAGAAUGGUAUGAGUUGAUUGUUUAUUUUCUUCUCUUUUUUUUUGUU